AUGAAUACUGAAAAAAAAAUCGAUAGAAGAAAAGCUAGAAGUGCUUCAAAAUAUGGGCAUCAAUAUGAAACCUGGAAAAAUCAAGUUACUAGUGAUUUCAACAAUGAACUUCAGAAUAUUAAUAUAGAAAGAGAUAUUACAAAAAAAAGAAAAAGCUGUAGAGACUUUAAUAAUAAUGUAGAUGACACAAAAGAAGAUUUUAUGGGAGUAAAAGUGAUAGAUUUACAAGUUGAGGGGAAUCCUGAAGAAGCAUGGAAAGAAAUUGAACAACAUAUAAAUAAUAAAAUAAGUCAAUUUCCCAAUCUUCAAUGUAAGAGAAUUCCUAGUAAUUAUCCAAAAGCAAAAAGAAAUAAAAGGAACAAGAUAGUGGAUUUCUGUGAAGAAAGGGAUAAACAUUUUCAUUCUCUAAAAAUGAAAAAGACAAAUGAUGAAUGUUUAAAUUAUAAUCAAUGGAUAAAUGAUGAAAAGAAUAAAUUUUUGAAUAACAAUCCAUGGAGUAUAAGUGAUAGCAUGGGAAAUGAUCAAGCUUUCAAAAUUUCUAGAAAUUGUACAUUGAUCAAUAUGAGUAUGUUUUCAAAUGAGGAUUGUAGUAAAUAUAACUCAAGACCAAGUAAUUCAUUAAGUCAACAACGUUCAUUUUCUCCUUUAGUGACUACACAAACUCCUAAUAGAAAAGCAACUCCAAUUAAAACUACUCUACAUACUAUUACUCUUAAUCCCACAACUGCAUCUAUACCUGCACAAAUAACUAUACAAAUAACUACACUUAAACCUACAAAUAUAUAUAUACCAAAAAAUACAUCACCACCAGUAAAUGCAUCUACAUCUGCGCAAGUAACUACAAAAAGAACUACAUCUACAAAUAUAAUCCAAGCUACUUCAAAUAAUAUAAGUACAUCUACAGAUACACCUACUACUAAACCUAAAUUUACAUUUACAACUACACCUAAUCCUGUAUCUACAACUGAACCUACAACUACACAAGCAACUACAUCUAAUCCUGUAUCUACAACUGAAUCUACAACUACACAAGCAACUACACCUAAUCCUGCAUCUACAACUGAACCUACAACUACACAAGCAACUACAUCUAAUCCUGUAUCUACAACUGAAUCUACAACUACACAAGCAACUACACCUAAUCCUGCAUCUACAACUGAACCUACAACUACAUCUGCAACUACACAAGCAAUUACAUCUAAUCCUGUAUCUACAACUGAGCCUACAACUACGUCUGCAAAUGUACCAAUAAUUCAAAAUACAUCAUUAUCCCAAUCUACAUUUAAACCUACAAUUAUAUCAAAAUCUACAACUACAUCUACACCUUCAACUACACAAGCCAUUACACCUACAAUUAUGCAAGCAACUGCAUGUAAAACUACACCAUUGACUACAAGUGCAUCUCCAUCUGCUAAAAAGACGGCAAAAGCAACUGCAUCUACAAAUGCAUCAUCAUCAACACUUUCAACUACACUAAGUACUAUAAAACAAAAUUCCAAUGUUACAUUAACUAAUUUCAAAACUAUUACAUCCGUAAAUAAUUUACCUGCAAGCAUUCAUGUUCAUAACACAAGUUAUGGGAAUAUGUCCUCAGGUAUUUCUAUUAAAAGUUCGUCUACACCAACUAAAUCUAUAAUUAUUCCUCUUUCAUUUGCCUUGGGAUCAUUUUUGGGAAUUCUUCUCCUUUUUAUAUUUGUAUACAGAUGCACUCCCAUUGGAUCGUGGCUUGGUAACAGUAGAUCAAAGAAAAAAAGAAUACGGAAAAAAAAAAAAGAAGUACAAAUAGAUAGUGCACCAAUAUUCCUAGGAUUUUCAGAUAAAAAAUCAGAGAUCAAUAUGAAAAACUUUUCAAUAUGUAAUGAGGCAAACAGUUUCACAUGUGAAAUUAGAUUGGAAAAUGAAAUUAAUAUAAAUGAGAGAUAUGGCAAAGAAGAAUCUAAAGAAAAUAAAAAUGAAGAAAAAAGAGAAAAAACAGAAAAAGCAGAAAAACGUAGUGAAAGAAAUAUCGAAAAAAAGAGUAAUGUUGUAGCAAGAACGAAAAAGUGGAAAUGGAAGGCUGUAAUUGAAGUAUAUAUGAUAAUAUUAGAGGAGUUUCAAAAAGAGGAGUGGGAAUUGAAUAGAAGAGAAUUUCUAAAAAUUUGUUUGGAAGAAUUUAAAGAAGACAUUUAUUUGGAUGUAAUUAAUAGACACUUAAAUAUGGGGGCAGAUCAAGAAGAAAUUACUAGUAUUUUUUUAGAACAAAGACCUCUAUGGAAAAUAUGGGCAGAAAGAAACAAUAAGUUGAUAGAGAAAUGGAAAAAGGAACAUUGGUUUAAAAAUUUAAAGAGAGAAUGGAAAAAAGAGGUAAAUAAAUAUGUAGAAUUAAUAGAAAAAGAAGAGAUGAUGGAAGGCAAAGAAAAUGGAGAAAUUAACCCUAUGCUAGAGAGACAAAAAAUAAUAUGGAAAAAGUGGAUGCAAAAGCAAAAAAUGUCGCGUACUUUUGAUAACGAUGAAUUAUUAAAACAGUUGUUAGUAGAAUAUCAAACAGAAGAAGAAAUGAAAAAAAGUGUGGAAACAAUAGAUAAAGGGAAAAUAAAAAGGGAGAUUGAGAAGAAAAAUAAAGCAAAUAAUGAUUUAAUCAAAAAUAAAUUAAUAUCGAGAUUAAAAAUAGAGAUACACAUGAUGGUAUUAGACGAGUGCAAAAAAGAGGAAUGGAUAGGGAGCAAAAAAGAAUUUUUGAAGACGUGUAUAGAAGAGCUGAAAAUGCAGAACAGUUCAGACGAAAAAACAAAAUUUUUAGAAAUAGAAGAAGAAAUAAUGAAAAACAUUAUAUUAGGAAAAAAAAAAAACGAAUUAGAGAAAAUGAAGAAAGAAAAAUGUUUUAUUGAAUUAAAGCAGGAAUGGAAGAACAAAGAAAAGAAAUAUAUGGAAGAAUUGAAUAAAGAAAACUUAUCAGGAGAUAAUGAAGAGAGAAUUGAAAAUUCUAUGCUACAAAAGCAAAAGAUUAUAUGGAAGAAACAUUGGGAAGAGAUACACAAGAAGUUAGAGGAUGAAAAUAAGAAAGAAUGCUUUAUAAAGUUGAUGGAAGAAUUAGAGAAAAAAGAAAUCAAUAUAAAAGAAAUAGAUAAGAUUAAUGUAGUAGAAAAAAAUAUAAAGGAAAAUGAAAUUGUGAAGGAAAAAAAAAAAGAAUACAUACAAUUAGAGAAAAAAGAGGAAAUAUAUAGAAAAGAUGAAAAAGUAGGAAAAAAAAAGAAAAAAAAAAUUAAACAUAUGGAAGGGAAGGUGGAAGAAGUAAAGGAAAAGAAUAAUUAUAUGGCAUUGAGAAAGAAGCCGAAGCGAAAAACUAUAAUAGAGAUACAUAUGAUGAUAAUGCAAGAUUGUAAAGAAGAAGAGUGGGAAUUAAACAGAGUAGAAUUUUUAGAAAUUUGCUUGAAUGAAUGGUUAAAAAAUGAGGGAAUAAUUAAAAAUGUAAUGGACAAAAAAGUCAUGCUAAAAGGAGAAAAAGAAAGCAAUAAUGUAGCAUUAGAAAAGAAGAAGAUGCUAUCAAAGAAAUGGAUAGAAAGACAAAGAAGACUGUUGGAAAAAUGGGAAAAAGAAGAAUGGUUUAAAAAUUUGAAAGAAGAAUGGAAAAUGGAGGAAGAUAUUUAUGCAAAAACAAAAGAUAAAUUAGAUUUCAUCGAUAGGCAAGAUAAAAUAGAGAGUAAUCCUACAUUAGAGAGAAAAAAAGAAAUAUGGAAGCAAUGGAUACAGAGACAAAGGGAGGCAUUUAUGGAACAUUAUAAGGAGGGAUGGUUUAGAGAGUUAUUAGAAGAAUAUGAGAAAGAAGAAUGUGAAUUUAUAAAAGAAGAAAACGAGAAAAAUGUAGAAGAAGAAAAAAAUUACUUAGAAAAUGAGAGAAGAGAAGUAGCAAUAGUAGACAUAAAGAAAGAAGUAAAUAAUAAUAUAAAGAAGAAAAGGUUAAUAUCUAAUAUGUGCGUAGAGAUACAUAUGAUGGUAUUAGAUCAAUGUAAAAAGGAGGAGAUAGAAUCCAUGACAAAUGAGUUUCUUAAAUUAUGCAUAGAACAAAAGAAAGAACAUGAAGGAUCUCGUGAACAAGAAGUGGGAAAUAAGGAAGUAGAUGAAGUAGAGAAAAAAAGAGAAAUGAAUAUUAUGAUAAAGAAGAAGAAAGAAAAAUGGGAGUGUUGGAAAAAAGAGGAUUGGUUUCAAGAGUUAAAGUUGAAUUGGAAAAAGGAAAUGAUACAUAUGAAAGAAAUAACGGAUAAUAUAAGAGAAAAAGUAGUAAAUCCCAUGUUAGAAACACAAAUAAUUGAGAAACACUGGCAAGAAAAACAAAGGAAUAUUUUAAAGAAACGGAAUAAACAAAAUAAACAUGAAAGAUCGAUGAAAAAGAACAAAGAUGAAGAAAAAAUAGGAGACAAAAAUGAUGAAGACGGUUUAAAAGAAUGGAAUAUUACAAUACUAUAA